UUAUGAUAAUAUGUUGUAUAUAUAAUUAGUUUGGUCAUUUUAAACAUUUGCAUUUAAUGUAUCUUUACAAAUACAAAACUGCCCUAAUACUGGAUAGACAUAUACAAGCUCAAUAGCUCAUUAUGCAACCUGAUAUUAGAGAUGUGUUCGUAAGGACGCAAUAAUGUUUAGAAUUGUAGGUAUCCUACUUCCUUCAUUGUGGUUGAGAUGAGUGACAGCGCUGAUCUGCUGUUAAAUAAACUUAGGGAGGGGUGUGUAAUUAACAGGUGAGCUGUCAUUCCCUCCAGGGGAGAGCACAAACAGGUAGAGUGUGUGUUGCUAAGGGGACGUCAGUUUGGCUUUGGCUAAAGGACUUCCUAUGGACAUUCAUUUAAUAAGCUUCAGCAGAUGAACAAGAGACCUUUUUUACUCUUCUAAAUGUGGAUUCCGCACGAUUCUUCCUAUCAGGUGCAUUUGUUUUCCAAAAACAACAAUUCUGCUCCCAAAGCACAUUAAUCAAGCUUCUGUCUGGAUUAUCAGUCGUCACUUGACGUAAUUCAUUUAACAAAUAAUACAGCGCUGGACAUUGAUAAUCAUGGCAAGAAAAGAUCUGCUAACCUGAACCAUGUGGUGCAUUCCUUUAAUAUAAAUGGACAUUUGGAUUUUGUCACUCAUGUGAUAUAUGUGACAUUGGUUAACACAGAGAGCAGCACGUGUUCAUAUUUUUCCUCUCGGCGGAGAUUAUAUAUCAGUAGUUUAUAUGUUGCAUUGUUGAAUACGUAUACUUUACAGGAUCUGAGAGCUUUUUGCGUUUUUCUUCACCUGGACUACAGCCAUUUGUAAUGUUACCUUUUUGAAUUAUUCAAUGAAUAACUAUGAUAAUAACAUAGUAUCGAACCUGAGAGUGAAACAGAACAAUGUGGACACUGUAUAUGAAAGGUAUAACUUCUCGCAAACAUGUACAAAAAGAAAAGAAAGAAGACAUUGCCUUCCCUCCUAUUUGCAAAACAUCUCCUGUUAUCUCACACUCAAUAAGGAGAAGCAGUUGGGGUGGCCAAGGGACUAAAUCUGUUCAGGACCUGUUCUUUUCCAUGCAGAUUUCUGACACUCAGAGGUCACUAAACAAGAACAACGGUCCGCGAGAUGUCAGUCUGGAAGACUGCCAUUGGAAUAUUCCUUACAAGAGAGUCAGUGGAGUGACAAGUACGCAGAUUAAGUCUCAUUUAAAGAAUAGCCUGUAUCAUCGGAGAGUGAAAAGAGUCAGUAAUGAAGUCGGAACAGGAGAUGAAAAUCAAUACAUCACAGAGAGCACUGAAUCAUUUGUCUUAAGGUCUCGAAAAAAAGUACCCGCUGUAGAAGAAGAAGAAAAAGAAGAAGGAGAAGAAGAAGAAGAAGAAGGUAAUAACAAAAGUCUAGAAUUCAAUAAAAAAUGUAGCUCAGAAGGUUGGACUAUUGCAACAUAUGACACUGCACAGCCAGAACAAUCAACAAGUGACACAGUACAAAAAGGGAUGCAGCUGAAUGGAACUUAUGAAAAUAAGACUGCAGAAUUGUUCUCUGAUGAAUAUGACACCAGUGCACCAGAGGAGCCUGGUAGAGUGGAAACAUCCUUUGGAAGUCAUGACACAGAUGAGGAAGAAGUACUUGAACAUUUCUCUGGGACAGAGCGCAAAAUUAUACAGGGAAUCAUGAAUGUACCCUAUACGGCAAAGAAGAAGGUUUUCAUGGUGUACAUCUGUGGAGGUUACCAAGAUUCCUUUCCAGAGCGCAAUGCCUUAUUCACAAAGUCUUAUCCAGAGCUCUAUAUUUACUUUAAGGAAAAAGGCAUUGAAUUUCGUAUAAUUGAUCUUAGAUGGGGCUUAAAGGAUGGAAUCAGCAAUGAUCAUGUUAUGACCUUCUUACACCUGAAGACUCUACAAAAAUGCCAGGAAGCAGGACACACAGCUUUCUUUUGUUUUUUAGGACAGAAAUAUGACCAACUGAACAUUCCAUCUACAUUAACAAAGGAAUCAUUUGAAGGUAUCAAAGCCACAUUAGAGAAAAUGAAGUUGGCAGCAGCAAAGGCAAAGCUUAGUGGAACCAGUGCAAUGGAUUCUGCUGGUGGAGAGGAAGCUUUACCAUCGGUGAAAGAUGAUGGUACAUCCUCUGAGUCACAAAAUCUGCAAAAUUCCACAGAAGACAAACCUACAACCGACCCUGCAAAUACUGACAUUUCUAAAGACCAAGAUGAGAAGGACAUGUUUGACCCCAGUCAGAAAAAAACAUCUCUUAAAUUUGACAGAGACCUCUCUCUUCUGAACCAAUGGUUUAAGCUGGAUGAGAAUGCUAUACCCAGUGUAUAUAGACUUCAACCUAUUAGCACAUAUUAUGGAGACAUAUUUAGCCGAGAUCCUUCACGCAGACAACAGGCCAAGAGUAAAUGGUUAGGUACAAUGCAAAGACUAUACGGUAUACUCCAGGAAUACAGCCUGCUUGCACUUGGUAAAGAGGCAGCAGAAAAGCUCCUGAAACCAGUUGUUCAGCAAGAAAUUGACCAAGCUUUUCAAGUUGGUGGAAUCCCUGAAGAUUACUUUCAUUGCUUUAAAAGGAUUAUUAGCGACAUCAAAUAUAACCUGUCCAAUAAUCGAGCUUCAGACUACAUUGACGUCCUUCCCCUCAAACCUGAACUAAAUAUGACUCUUCAUGAUGCCCAACAGAUUCUGAUCAAAAGACUGCAUGAGAGACUGCGCCACACAAACAUCUACGAGUACAGUACCAGCUGGGGAUGGGAUGGGAUAAAUCCUGUUAGUAACAGGUCUCAUGCAUAUUAUCUGGAACGUCUUUGCAAUGACUUUCAGAGAAAGGUCAUUGGUCACUUCAACAGCAUGACAAAUGUGCCGAGCUUUCCAGAGAAAACUUGGACUAGGAAGCAAUUCUUCAGAUAUCAGAGGAAUGAAGAAAUUCUGGAACAUGCCAAGCACUGCCACACUCUUGUUAGCAGCUUCCUAGGUCGGCAAUCUUUCCUGCUGGAUCUUCAGGAGCAGAUAAAGGCUGGAAACAGACACCUAAUAGUUCUUCAUGGGCAGCCUGGAAGCGGCAAGAGUGCUCUUAUGGCCAAACUGGCGGUAUCAGCAACACAUUGGAUUUCUGGGGACAUCAGGGUUGUGGCUCGAUUUAUAGGAGCUACUGGUGAGAGCAGAGAUAUUCGUCUGUUGCUACAAAGUCUUUGCUAUCAGAUUGCAGAUAUAUAUGACCUGCCAACGUGCUUCUCAGAGAAUAUCAAUGGGUUAAUAAAUGAGUUUUCAACAGUGCUGGAGUUUGUUCCACGGAGAAGACCUCUAAUGGUGAUCCUGGAUGGUUUAGAUGCUUUAUCAGGAAAUUACACAAACUUUUCCUGGAUACCCAAGGAACUGCCUCCAAAUGUCAACUUCAUUGUAUCUGUUCCCAGUGGCAGUGAAUCAGAUUGCACCUUCUUUAAACAAUUACAGAAACUUACGGUAGAGCAGAAUGUGAUCCAGAUACCACCACUAAGCUCAGUAGAAAUAAAUGAAAUGUUUGACUUUUGCGUGAGUAAGGAUCACCGUAAACUUACCAGUAACCAAAGAGCAGUAUUGCGUCAGGCUUGUGAAGCCUAUCCUAUUCCACUGUUUGUGACCUGCGCUUAUAUGGAGUCUCAGCUAUGGACAUCGUAUACCCCAGACUCAGAUAUCUAUCUGUAUCCUAAUAUCUCAAAAAUUUACUCUUGGAUUCUAGGAAGACUGGAGAGGAUACAUGGAGAACAAAUGGUAAAGAAAAGUGCAUCUUACAUUUCCCUGUCUAGGAAUGGCAUCACACGAGAAGAGCUCCUGGACUUGUUAUCUCUAGACCAAGGUGUCAUGGAUGAGAUUAAACAAUACCAGGGUGUUACGGUGCCAGUAUUUCCAGAAGCACUUUGGGAAAAGCUGCGUUGUGACUUUGGAGUUCACUUGGUUGAGCAAAGGACGGAUAAUAGUUAUGUUUUUGACUGGGCGCACAACCAGUUCAGGUCAGUUUGUUUGAAUCGAUAUGUGAAAACAAAGGAGUAUCAGAUCGCUAUCCAUUCUGCAUUUACAAACUACUACCUGGAAAGUCGUAGUCGCAAUAAACUCAGUAAAAGUGAGGUGCCAAUGAUGCCAUUCUCAUGGCUGGUAAAGGAAGAGAACACGACAGUUCCUGUGUUUAACCUGCGUAAACUCCUUGGGAUAUCUUAUCACCUGGUCCAGUCUAACCAGAUUUCCCGGCUGAUAACAGAGUGCAUAUUUAAUUACGAGUACCUUCUCCAUAAAGUUUGGGCUUCGUCUGUUGUAAAGAUCCAAGAAGACAUAAAGGCUGCCAUUAAUCCUGAACGACCAUCGCUUGAUUUGAAUCUGCUGUCUGAAACUCUUCAGUUAUCUACCAAAGUUUUGCUGACAGAUCCCUGUCAACUGGCUUCUCAGCUGAAAGGACGACUCCACCAGAUAGAAGUUUUAGAUAAACCUGUUGCUCCUGGUGAUCCCAGAAAAUAUCAUUUACUGCAAUCUUUGCUAUCUCAAUGCCAACAGUCCUCAAUAGACACAUUUCUGCCUUCCUUCACCUGUCUUCUGCCACCAGGAGGUAUUCCCUGUGACACAAUAGCUGGCCACACAAGCAGCAUCACCGCCGUUGCAAAAACUCAGACUGGUCUCCAGGCAGUCACAGCAUCCAGAGAUGGCACUUUAAAAGUCUGGGAUUUGGAGACUGGCAAAGCAGUAUUCACUCUCCAUGGAGUUGGAAAGAAAAUUGACUCUAUCACUGUGGGGAUGCAGAAUAAAAUUGUUGCAAUUACUGAGGACCAUGGCUUCCAAGUAUGGGACAUGUGCCAUCAAAAAUUGGUGUUUGUGCAGCAUGAUUGUUUAGAUGCUCCAAUUCUCACUACUGCCAUGGAUGGGCAGCUCCUUCUGGCAUUUUUUGAUGGAAGCCAACUGGUUAAGGUAUUUGAUUUGGCAGACUCCUGCAAGCUGAUCUGUCAAGUGGACAUUCCUGCCGAUGAGACUUCUGUUCAUAAAAAUCUCUCCAUACUGGUCUCCAAAAAUUCAGUAAAAGACUACAUUGUGUUCGCCUACAGGAGUGGGAAGGAAGCCAUGGUGCUGAGUGCCAGACGAGGGGCUGUUGUUGCCAAACUCACUGCUCAAGACCCAGUAGCUUCAGUUCAGGGUGUGGCUGUAACCAAGGAGUAUUUCAUAGUCAUCUGCAGGUAUCCAUCCCUGAAAUCACAUGACAUGGUGCACAUCGAGCUAUUCAGUGUGAAUACGUUUGCAUAUAUUCGCACUGUGAAAGGCUGUGGCAAUGACUUCAUGACCAAGUUUGCUGUAAACUGUCAAGGAUCUCAUGUGGUUGCUUUUUCUUGCCUACCUAACACAAACACCACAGAGAUAGUGGUGUGGAAUUUGGAAACUGAGGAUCAUAAACACAUGGUUAAGUUAUCUUCUGUGCCUACAGGAGGAAUAUGUUUCGAUCUUCGCUACUGUUUAGCUUUCUGUGAUGGAGAGAAUUUCUUAAGGUCAUGGAACCUAGCGAAUCGUUUAAAUGACCAGUCAUUGACUGUCAAUGUCAACAGGAAUAAAAAACCUGAUGGGGUCCAAGAGAUUGUUACAAUGAAGAACUUUCCAAGAUAUGCGGUCUGCAGGAGUGUGAGACCUGGAGUGGUCACUGUGUGGAAUAUUCUGAAGUCAAAAUGUAAGGGCAGUGCAGUUCGAGUGGAGAGAGGCCUGAUGGAGAGCAGUGAUGUUGUUCUGAUCAGGGACAUGAAACUCUACAUCCUCACUGACCGGGGAAUGGCUUCCUUCACUGACACGCCUAGGCCUAUAUUUCAGACUCUUUUGAUAUAUGACCUACUAAAGAAGAAAUAUAUCAGCAGGAAGACUGGUCUUUACAUUAUUCCAUGUCCAAAGCAUGAAUAUAGGAUACUCGAUGGAGGGCUACUCCUGGGGCUCUCAGAGAAUAGAGAUCAUUUUGUCAUCUGGAAUAUGGAUACAGGUUUUAUAAAGGAGCGGCUAAGGCCUCAGUUUAAGGACAAGCACUUGGCAAUGGAUCUAUUGACUGAACGUGAUGUAUACAAAGGGGAUACAAGCAAGGAACUACUGCAGCAGAAGAACCAUGUAAAAGAGACAGUUCUUCUGACGCCAUGGGAAAGACGCAAUGAGACCAAAACGGCAAAGAAACGCAGAAAGGAAAGAGAGGUGAAGAAGGAAAUAGAAACAAUGCAGCAGCUGGCAAAUGAGAAGAAUAAUGCAAUUGAUCAGUACCUGCUUAGUGACAAUGAAAAGGUGAUCGUAUGUUCAUACUAUGCACAUCACCUUUGUGUGUUCAGUUUGGACACAAUGAGCCACCUGCACACAAUAGAAGACACAACAUCAAUGCUGUUCUUGCACAAUGCUGCACUGACAUACAGUGGCAGCUACCUGGCUCUAUCCAACUACUGUGAUGCUGAAAAAAAUAGUUAUGUAACUCUCUGGGACCUUCACAACGGACUGGUUAAAAAACGACUGAAAAAUGAGCCAAAUAUCUGUUGCAUGGCCAUUACUGACACAGCUGACAGAAUUGUUUUUGGGGUUUCCUCGGGAAACAAAAUAAAGGUCUGGGAUCCUUUCACACAUAAACAUAAGAUCAUUCCUGGGUAUGAAAACCUUAACCUCACAGUUGACAGCAGAAUUCAAAUCAUAGAAGGAGGGUCCAAGGCAGUUUUACUAUCUGGUGAUGUCAGUUUGUGGAACCUGGUCAAUGGCACGGUAGUCUCUGUGUUUACCCCUGACAGUAAAAUCUGCUGCCUGUCCUUAGCUGCCGACAGAAAGACAAUACUUGUUGGGAUGAGCGAUACUCCGUCCCUUAUUACCCUGAAAGUCGCAUCAAAGGAUAAAGACAGUAACCUCACCAAAGGCGUAGGUCUGUUUGGCGAGGACUCUACAAGCAGCGAGGAUGAACCUGAUGACAAAGACCAACCUCUAAAGAUUUAGAAAAUGAAUACAGAUCUAUUUUCUAUUGGAAAAAAAAAAAAAGAGCUUAUCUAUUGCGCAAUAUCAAGAGCUGUUACUACCAUGCAGAGACUUUGAGGGUGCAAGGCUCUAAAACAGCAUUGUAAGGUGAUCUGUUUUAUCCGGAUACUAUGGGCCAGAUUCACAGAAGAAGUACGCCGGCGUAUCUACUGAUACGCCGGCGUACUUUCAAAUUUGUGGCG